UAAAGAUAGGACAAUCCUGUCUGUCAAAAAACUGCAGCAGAAAUUUUGUGCGAGACGAGACUCUUAUUUUUUUCGAAACGAUUGUGAUUUUAGAUGGUCCUAGGCCUUAGAACUCAAUUAAACAGUUCGACCUCAGCGUCAGAUUGCAAAAGUUAAAAACGUUGAUCAGCAAUUCCAGAGAAUGCGUUGUGCGGCUUGUAAUUACUACACAUGGAGUUACUUUAUUGCCUUUGCGGAGAUUUUCGUCUCGUUCAAAGUUGCCUCGGCUCUGCUGGCAUGCUCCCGUGUCAAUGAGCUCGAUCGGGACAUUGGAUGUUACGAUGUCGAGCCUAUAUUUGUACUGCUGGUUUUGUACAAUUUCCUGUCACUAAUGCUCAUCAUUGGAGUGGCAAAGCGAAUGGAGAAAUUGCUGCAGAUUUACCAAACUUGUACUAUCACCUUAAAGGCAUCUGCCAUCAUUCGAAGGGCUGUACUUUCUGCAACGGAGUAUGAUGAAACCAAUGUUGAGAAAACUGUAAUUGAGAUGAAGAUUGUGAUUAUAUUCACAUUAAUCUUCAGUCUGGAAGCAUUGGUAGUCGCCGGAGCCUGUAGAAAGAUACGUCGCGAACAACAGGAGCCACUGUACUGCGUGGAUGUGGUCUAGGAUGUCAUCUGGCUUCCGACCUUAGCUGUGUGUAAUCCUGAUGUUUGUGUCAAAACUCCUGGUGCGAUGUGACGCAAGCAGGGAGCAAAAAGCCCUUUCGGGGUGCAAACAACCACAGAAGUGAACUCCUUGAAGCUAACCCCUUUCGUCCAGACAAUAUAUACAUACAUAUUUACAUGUAAAAUUUAUACUGCAAGAGUUUCGUCCCUUUUUGCGCAAACAAAACCAAUGUUUAGUACGCUUCCCAGUCAAUUUAGAUUGAUACCGACUAUAGAGUAGUGAAGAAAUACAGCCAAUUUGCCGAUACAAAAUUAGCGCUUGAUCUACAUAAACCGCUGAGCUAUUUUUUGGUUCCGUAACUUGGAGAAAUUAUACAUAUUUG